AUGUGGUGGCCAUCACACUAUAUGAGGCGAGCUCUCUCGCGGUUGGACAUUGAUGUGCCGACUUUCUUGCGGAUGAUGAAGGCUGCCCUCCCCGCAACAAUCGCAUUGGCAAUGUAUCAAUCCGAUCUCGUAGCCCAAGAAUACUCCACCAUAGCCUACCUAAUGCCCGUCGCCGCAAUGUUCAGUCGCUGUAGCGCUCCUCGAGGCAAAUUCUUCCAUUUCCUCAUCCAGGGUUUAGUGUUGGUCUGUUUCGGCGCCGCGAGUAGUCUAUUAAUGGUCUAUUGCUGCGUGAAAGCCCGCCUGCAUACUUCCGACCCAUUACCAGCUGGCAUAUCAACUGAGGAGAUUCUGUCCGCACCGUAUAAUACCGCUGCGUCUGUCGUUGCGGCUGUUUGGCUGUUCUCUCAGACGUAUAUCGUGAAUACGCUACGAGGCGAGGAUCCGCAGCUCGGCAUACCCGUGCAGAUGCAUUGUAUGCUAUUCUUCGUGGCUGCUACCGAGGCACCGGAUUACGUUACUGUAUCGGAUGGAUUUGCGCACGUCAAGAGUCUUUUGCUGGCCAUGUUGACGGGUAUGGCAUUGGCAACGGUGACACAUAUACUCAUUUUCCCGGAUACAUGUCGAGAUGCCGUCCUAAAAACAAUGGGGGAGUAUAUUCACGCAUUGCAGGAUACGCUUGGAGCGCAGGAGGCGUAUUUCCAAUCCAUGGAACGAUUGGAUAUGUUUGUGCGUGUGCAGACGCGCAACCUGACGGAGGAGAAGAGGCUUUAUAGAGCUAAAGCGGAUGCGGUCAAGAACGCGGCGAGGCGGGUUUUGCAGAUCCAUGCGUCACUUACAAAUGAACUGCCCUAUGCAAAGCGGGAGAUUGCAUACGGCAAACGAGGCGUUAGUGAAUUCGGAAUGAUCUUUAAACAGUUGCGUGCGACGAUGGUGCCGUUUGUGGGCUUGAGUACGGUGGUGGAUGUCUUUGAUCGUAUCAUGGAGUGGAAUAAUUGGGUCAAGCCCGUUGAAGAAGGGGGGGUCGAUCCGAAGAAUGAUGCCGUGCAUGCGAGGAUGGUGCAUGAUUGGAAUGUGAUCAUGGCAUCUACUCACGACCACUUUGCGCAGAUCAUUGAUGUCAUGCAUGACGGGCUGGAGCAUGUGGCGUAUCAAUUGAAUUUGGCGAAAAGGAAGAGACAUGGAGCCAAAAACGACGUUGAGGCUGGCGCAUCUCAUGCGAGUCCCGGAGAAGAAGGAUUUGCGCAGUAUUUGGAGGCUAAAUGUGAGAGUUUUUACAAGGCCAGAUCGGUUACUUUGCGGGAAUGGUGUGAGCAAAAGGGCAUUGAGCUUCCGGAGGAUUAUUUCUAUCAUCCUAGGCCAGAUCAGCCUAUACAACUUCCCGAGAAUGUGCCCGGAGGGUUGCCUCAUGAUCGAACAGAGAGGCAGCUGUACAUUUUACUAUAUGUCGAACAUAUGCUAUACUCAUCCAGCCUCGCAAUCCUCGACUUUGUCCGUUUCGCCGACCAACGCGUGGCAAGCGGAAAACAUUCACACAAACACCUCAUAGUCCCCGGUAGCAAAGAAUUCCGUAGGUGGAUCGAAAGCCUCUAUCGAAACCAGCAAAAUGAGAAUACAGGUGAGGACGUCUAUCGUCGAAAAGUCAUCCUUGACUUGGGCGAAGCAUACCAUCGACGCAAAGAUCCGGAGCAUCUACCGCCUGAAAAUAUCCUGCAGUCCAUGGGAGAAUGGCUGCGUGUGAUACCAAGUUUUUUACGUUCGUCACGAUCUCUGUACGGGCUCCGAGUCGCGUGUGCCGCUACAUCGAUUGGGAUCAUCGCUUAUAUUGAUACAUCACAUGCCUUUUUCGUGCGUCAGCGCCUCGUCUGGGCCAUGGUCAUGCAGACCAUCAGCAUGGGUCCUACAGCCGGCCAAACCGUCUUGAAUUUCGCAUUGCGCUCUAGCGGCACGGUGAUUGGCAUGGUUAGCGCCAUUGUAGUCUGGUACAUACCAGUUGGCCACAUCGCCGGCGUCAUAGUCUUCUUUUUCAUAUGCACCACUGGCCUCUGGUGGAUCCCCUUAAAACGACCCGUAUUGCAACAAGCCGGUGUCGUGGGCCUGCUCACCAUAAUUGUGAUAAUUGCCAGUGAAAUGGAAGUCGUUAAAUUCGGUGAACAGGCCGUCAAAGCUGGUGGUCAGCCAUACUACCCUACACACUUGCUUGCGGUAUACCGUCUUGCAGUCGUUCUGGGCGGGGUUGUAGUUGCUUUCAUAUGGACGAUUUUUCCGUACCCGAUAUCUGAUCAUUCAGUCCUAAGACAGAAUCUGGGUGCCUCCUUGUACUUGUUGGCUAAGUAUUAUUCGCUAACUCAUGAGACCCUUCUUGCGCGUGCGAGGGGCGAUGAGGGUGAUAUGACACUCAAGUCAUCUGCGGGCAGACGACUAGAAAAGGCCAGGCAUAGAGCGUAUGCCAAGCAAUCAAUAGCUAUCAAUGGGUUGCGUUCGUACGCGGAUUCGCUCAAAUGGGAGAUUCAGGUCGGGGGACGGUUUCCCAGGGAUCAAUACGAACGGAUUAUUGAGUGCAUGCAAAAUAUAAUGAACUACAUAAACCUCGCCGAAUACGCCUCCAAAACAUUCUCCUCGGCCCUCUCACCACAAACACCAUACAACAACCCUUCCAAACAAAGCGAAUGGUACACCGACUUCACAAAACUCAUUACAAAAACACACAUGGCCUCUCACCAGAUCACCUCCAUCCUCGCCUUACUGUCUGCAAGUAUCAUGAACGCCCAACCCCUUCCACCCUAUCUACAAGUUCCCGGCCCCGACGCGUUUAGUGAACGACUUAAAGAAGUCGAUAAGGAUAUAUUGAAUAUUUGCCAUGCGGCUGAGCCGGGGUAUGCGGCGUUUAGUGUGUUGCACCUUGCUGGUAGGUGUAUUGCGGGGGAUUUGGAGAGGUUGAUUGAGAGUGUGAGAGAGCUGGUUGGAGAAUUGGAUUUUUCGAUCCAUGUUAUUAGUCAACUGUCGGAAAUGGAGGUCAAGAAGAGGAUUGCCUAG